CGGCGAGAAGCAGCGGAGGCGAGGGUUUUGGUGCGCCAUGUGGGAUAGCGUGAAGGCGAUCAGCAACACACUCGCUUCGAGCGUCGAGCAGGUGGGAGGUGCUGUGCUGGACGGUGGCGCAGCCGUUACCGAGACAAUGGCUGCUGUCGGCGAGCAGGUGGGCGGUGCUGUGCUCGAUGUCGGCGAGCAAGUGGGCGGUGCUGUGCUCGAUAUCGGCGAGCAGGUGGGCGGUGCUGUGCUGGAUGGCGGCGCGGCUAUCGCGGGCACCUCAUCAUGGUUGGUCGAUGAGGCAACGGAUCACCUCGACAAAAUGGCUCUCGGUCAUCGCUGCGGCGGCACCUCCAAUGUUCCGAGCGCGACUCUGUCGGCACAGCAAACCGGCUCCGCCGUCGCCACAGCCGCCGUCGCCACAGCCGCCGCCGCCACAGCCGCCGCCGCCGCUGCCACACCUUCCGACGGCGGUCGCAGUUUCGCCGCCUCGCGAUACAAGACCCUGUACGAAGAGAUGCCACGCGUGACCUAUGCCUAUGAGCUGCAGCGCGCGCUCCACAGCUUCGUGCGAGCCUGCGCCUCCCACCCGACGAUGCGGGUUCCCGCGCCUGAGGGGGACGCGUUCUUCGGCCGGCUUCUAAACGAGGCUCUCGCCGCCGGUGGCGUGGCUGAGAUACUCGACGAGGCAGCCCUGAGCAGGUUCGCAGUGCGCGUGUGGACCUCGCAGCAGCUCUGGGGCGGGCGCGAGUUCUGUUCUCUGCUAAACCAGGCCAUUCGCGAGGACGGCACCCGCGCGCCCGCCACGCUGCGGCCUGCAGUGAUACUCUGCCGCGCAAUCAACGACGUGCUGUGCUGCGGCAAUCGCAAAUCGGGCGCCAGCGAGUGGCCCAGUGGCCCAGGCGCGCUGCCGCCGCUGCUCGGCCAGUGGGUGAGCGCCAGCUGGAGUUCGGAGGCAGACGCCACAUUUCGAGGGGGUGCGCUGCCGGCGGAGCACGAGCCCUUCUUCACCGUCGGCAGGCGCUUUCGCACCUGCAUGUUUGUCGCAACCUCCUUCGAUGAGGCGGUCGCGCGGCAGUUUAUGGCGCGCGCGCCCGCCGACAUGCAGCCGGUGCUGUGGCGGGUGCGCUUCGACCCGGUGCGUCGCUGCAAGCACGUCAACUAUGUCGGCGCGCUCUCGACGGCGAGCUCGCGCGAGGCGGAGUUCCUCUUUCCUCCCUAUUCGGUGUUCUCCGUGCUGCGGCUCGAGCGGUCGCAGCGCCACCUCAUGGUGGAGUUGCAGGCGGCCGUGGAUAAUUUGCACGAACCGAUCGAGCUGCCGCUCGCGCCGUGGUCGUGAAGCUCGUUGCUCGUUGCACUAGUAUGAUUCGCUCUUUGACGAUAUUCGAUAUUACUACC